GCACUGUUGAGACUUGUGUAUGAGGUUCAGUGCGUUUUAAUUAACCGACGUGUGCGGAUUAUUUCACACCGGUCGCCAAGAACUCGAUGUAGUGGUUUUUAGCGUGUCGUCAGAGGAAAUUGUGCACACCGAUAUUGUGCUUAUUGUGGCAUUUUCCAGUCAAAUUUGUGGGAAUUUCUUUAUUGAGAAAAAAAUAAAAUAAAAAGAGAAAUUCCUAUAAUAGUGAAUUGUGCUCCGAGUCUCCAGCCUUAGUGGCAGGAAUAGUGAUCUUUGUGCAAAAAUUUUCACAAGAUAGGUACAUUCUUGGCUCUUUUUGUGUGUGCUUAACCAAGAGGAUUACAGUGCAACUCUUCGUGACCUUAACAAUGGGUCCAAGACGUGAUUUCACCGCUGAAACGUGAAUAUGCGGUACUAGAAAGAAUUCUUAGAAGAUCUGUGAAGUGCUUCGCUGUGGAUGCCAAAAAGAAGUUGAAGACUCAAGAGAGAUACUAUUGUACUUGGCGGUAAAACGAAGGAACUCAUGCAUGGUGGAAUUAUGUAAAUUCUGAAGGGACGUUUGAAGUCUGGAAAAAAAGGAAACUAAAGGACCGCAUCAGGUUCUCAAGUGUUCAUGUGUGUGUAUGUUGUUUUUCAUGCCAGUAAAGUCAAAUAUAUGCAAGAAAGAGUGUUCUUGUUCAAGUGACCAAGGUUUUAAGAAGAGUGAAGUUAAAUAAAAAUCUCUAUAUUUGGCUAAAGCUAAAGUGGAAGAAAGUGAAGUUCAGACAAGUGAGAAAAAAAAGAGUUUUGAAAAAUAAAUAAUAAGAUCGAAAAGUAGAAAAGAGUGAAGAAGCAGGAAGUGAUUUUUUUUUGGUGAAAGAUACACUCCCAAGUGAAACAUUUUGGAGCUCUCCCCAUCACCAUUGGAUAUUAUUCUGGAGGCAAGAAAAAAAAGUGUACGAGCAGAAUAUUGGAUAUCAUUUUCUUCUCUACAAGACAGUCGUCUGCACACAUUUUUGCUCAUUCCCGGAUAGACCCAUGAAUGCUGUACUCUAUAUGAACAUUUGCCAGCUGAACUAUGACAACUUGCCAUCAACGAGGCGCCUUUGGAAUUUGAUUGACUGUCCUUGUGGUGAAGCCCCAACACCUAACCAUUUGGCAUUCGUUUAAGCACUACAACCGCCAUUCUACACUCAAGUUUACGACUAUCCUCCGGCCAAGUCCGAGGUAUUAAAUGACAAUCACCUAACACCCUCAGCGCUUCCGACCAGACAGUGGACAAAUGCAAAAGAUGCCCGAGAGUGUGGCCGGCCGGAAGGCGCUAGUAUCUCGCCUAGGAAUCCUUGCCGCAAUGUGUAUACUGAUGAUGUCGACCGGCAGGGUUGACUGUGAGGCAGACUGGGGCCAAAUCUGUGGUACAUGCAGUUGCAAAUGGGUAUCGGGCAAGAAGACAGCCGAUUGCCGGAAUUCAUCGCUGAGUAGCGUGCCAACGGAACUGAGUAGUGAAAUGCAGGUGCUAGAUCUAUCACAAAACAACAUCCCAGAGAUCCGUCGAGAGGAGUUCAGCGAUGCCAAUUUGCAGAAUGUUCACAAACUCUUUAUGCGCAAUUGUACGUUGCAGGAUGUACACAGGGAUGCUCUAAGGGGCCUAAUGAUACUCAUAGAAUUGGAUCUGUCCAAUAAUCUCAUACGCACCCUACCUGUAGGUGUAUUCAGUGGCCUGGUCAAAUUACGCACUAUACUCCUCAAUAACAAUCAGAUCGAAGUGCUAGAGGAUAGGUUGUUUGAAAACCUAAACUACCUCUAUCGCAUCGAAUUGAAGAACAAUCACAUCCGGACUAUAGGACUCAACACUUUUGUCAACGUGCCCGUCCUCCUGCAAAUCUAUCUGGACAACAACAGACUGAGCGUGCUCAAGAAGGAAUCCUUCGAGAAACUUGAGAAACUAGCGAGUUUGUCCAUUCUGCAGAACCAAUGGAAUUGUACGUGUGAACUACAACAAUUCCGAGACUUUAUUAUAAGUCACAAUCUGUUCACCAAUCCCACAACAUGUCACGAUCCGCCUCAUUUGCGUGGAAAAUCGUGGUCCGAUGUACCUUCUGACAACUUCGCUUGCCGACCUAGGAUCAUAAUGCCACGUGCGGGCGCAUCCCUGGAUGCUGGCGGUGAAAAUGUAACGCUAACCUGUAGAAUAAAGGGUUCGCCUAAACCAGAUAUUUUGUGGAUAUUCAACAAGAAACCCCUAAACAAUUAUGACACUCGGAUACAUGUCCGGUCCCCACCAGAUUCAAUUCGAAGAGAUAGCAUGGAGACCUACAUCUCUGACCUAACCAUUGUAGGGGUCCGAUCGAGUGAUAAGGGUACCUACACUUGCGUUGCUUCCAAUAAGGGAGGUAAGGAUGAAGCGAAUAUCGUCCUGGCCGUACCUUCAAGUCCUUUCGGCGGAGCUGGAUCUAAUUCGGGUCAGUUUCCCAAACUUCUACUCAUAGUCUGCCUUAUAGCCAUCGGUUUCCUACUCCUACUACUCAUCGUGGUAUUUCUCUUCUGCUGCUACUGUCGUCGCGUCAAGAAGUACAACAAAAACGGAUCCAUCAGUGAAAAUGGUCUAGUAGCAUCAAAAAUUGAUAAGUCUCAGAACGAAUCUAUGCUCGAAGGUGGUUCGGUUAUUAUGGAGAUGCAGAAGAGUCUUCUUACCGAAGUGAAUCCCGUUGAGAAACCACCAAGGAGAGCUGAUGUUGAAUCAAAUGGUGCAAUUGAUACGGACGAUGGACACGAAGUUAAAAAGACUCUGCUCGAUGAAACGGCCUUUGGCAGUCAUGACGAUGAAACACAAUCUGUUGCAUUGUCCGACACAACGCCACGAUCUCGGCAAACUUUUGUAGAUGAUGGAUAUGGAACGAAUCUGCCACCGGAUUUGUUGGCCUUCCCGGCCCAUUUUUCGCAGACACCCUCGCUGCAGACGUCCGUGACUAAUAUGCAGGAUCACCGGCUGUAUGGGAAGUCACCGCUCUCGAGUCCCGUAUACCAGCCAAACAACCCAAGUGCCGUCUAUGCUACUGGAUUCCGGACACUGCAGCAUCCCAUGAAGGGCGGGGCCAAGGUGGCCAAUCACCGUGCCCAGUCGCCCUUCACACCAGCGCCCAUACUCUAUCAACCUGUCGUAAUGAAACAGGGCUACGUGACUAUCCCACGGAAACCCCGGACACCAAGUUGGAGUGCUUCGGCAGCUUCAUCGCCGACAACAACAACAACGGCAGAAUUUCCGGCGGCAACGCCUGUGGACGAUUUCAAUGAACCUGUGUAUGACAAUCUGGGUUUGAGAACGACUGCGGCGGGCAAUUCCGUGCUGAAUUUGAACAAGUUGGGUACAGCAAAGAGUGCACAGAAGUACAGCAUGAAGGACCGACCGCUUCCUGCGACACCUACAACAACCUUAGGGCAGUACGAACCCCUAGGUCCAGCACCGGAAUCCGAACCGUCGUUUACUAAAAGCAAACCCACUAAGAUUCCACCCAGGCCACCUCCAAAGCCGCCCAAGAAGAAGCUCUCGGUGACAAGUGUAGGUAGUACAAGUCAGCUGUUUGAGGACGAGGGUGAGGAUGGGACAGAGGUUUAGUGGUGGGAGUUGAAACGGCUCCUCGUGCCGUUGCUUGGCGCCUAGGCUAACAGGUGUCCAAACAGAAAUCGUGUGAUUUUACAAUUACUAUCCAACUUUAGUGUAACGAGAAAUUGAGUAAAUUAUGUAAAGUGAGAACGCGAGUGCCAACUACAAGAACAAGAAACUUUUCAAUAAAACAGAGAAAAAAAUUAAAAAAUAAAAUUCUUUCAAGAAAGGUUACGUCAAAACAUGGGGCUAGAUGACAAAAAGGAGGUAAAUGAAUUUUUGCAUUUCAUUGCAAAUGUGUAUACAAGUACCUAUAUUUUAAAGUCGGACAACACAAAAAAAUUGACCAACGACAUGAUUUAUUGAUUUAAAAACGGCGAUUAAAGAAUCAUGCAAAGGUGAUUAUUGGGAUGGUUAUUGAACUGAACAGAAGAGAUAUAAAUAAUUUAAAAUUUCAAAUAUUUAUUGAAAUGAAGGUGUGAGAACGUGUAAAAUAAAACGAGUGCCUUUCAUUGUUCUCUAAAAUAAAAUGUUGAAGCUGAACAGAAGAAAAGUAAGUAGCAGAAAAAAAUGUUUGUUUUCUGAAACAAAACAAAAAAGACACAAAAGACGAAACAUAACCAAGAAUAUGCAGGAUAACCCGCCGAAAGUGACAUUUUCUUUACUUUACGACGACCUUCUUCUUCUUCCCUGAACAGUCAUCCAAAUUGAAUUUGUACGUUCUUUUUUCUUCUCUGAAAUUUUCGUGCAAAUUGCUCAAAAUUAUGUGAAGCACAAAAAUAUUCUCAAAGAUUUUUUUAAAAUGAAACUUGAAAGGAAAAAAAUAAUCUCUUAGAAUCAACUCAACAUUCUGACACUUUGUUUUAAAAGUGUAAUUUAAUUUUAAGAUGAUACAAUUUUAGCAACGGCAAAAUUGAAUGUGAAUAUGAAAAGCACGUGAAAAUUCCAUUGAUUUAUCACUGAGCUCUUUCGAGACUGAUUUGAUUUUUUUUCGGUAUUAGAUGAAAUACGUACAUUGUACUCAAAUUACCCUAUAUAUAAUCAUAUUUUUAAAAUCCUUUACUCGAAAUUUAUUGAGCGUUUUUUAUUUUACUUUUUUCGGAAAAUGAGGCUCCCAAUAAUGCGAUUGUUCCUGCUGAUCAUAAAUUUUGUUAAACUAAUGUCAAUAAAAAAUAUUUUUAAAUUUAAUAAAACUAAAAUCGAAACACUUGUUAUUCAACCACGUGAAUGCUAAAUGAUUUUCAUAUGAAAUAUUGUUUUAUAUUCAUUUUUUGAAUAUUUAAUACAGAGUGAUUGGAUAAAUCUGCAAUAAACUGAAACGCUUCAUUAAUUUCAUUUCUCGUUGAUUUUUAGACAAAGUGAUAAUAAAUAAAUUUAAAUUGUGGAGAAAGAAAACCCAUUUGUUUAAUGCGAGUUAGAUGUUUUCUUUGGAUGUGGUGUUUUUCAAUUUUUUCUUGGUUAACCCUUUAAGGACGAGAAGAUCAAAAAUUAGGGGUCAGAAAUCAUUUUUUUUUUUGACUACCAUAGAUUCAGGUGACUGUCCCCUGCGAGUUAUACGGGCUUCAGACCUAAGGUUUAGACAAAAGGCUUAACUUCUCUAAGUUCUUAUCAGUCGAAAAUUUUUGGAAAAUUUCGACUUAGAAAUGGACUAUUAAGAGGAAUUAAUCUAUUUGAAUUUGAAUCAAAAGAACAAAUUAAAUUGGUUGGGGACCAUAUAGCCAACUUUCAAGUUUUUACUUUUCAUAUAUUUUUUUGAUAUUCUGUGCAUUUACUACCACUUUCAUUGCGUCUGAUAAAGCUGCCGUUCAUACGAGAAAUGGACCGUUAUACUAAAUAUUUGUAGAGACUGAUAUUGGUUAGAUUGACACUGAAUCUGUCAAUGGUGUACUAUGGAUCGCUCUGUCAUUGAGGCCAUUUACACCGCCGCAUUGGAUUGAGAUUAAAGUGUUCCAAAAUCGAAUUUUGGGACAAUUCAAUAUGAAUCUAAUGCGACAGUCUAAAUGACCUCAAGGAAACCAUUUAGAUAGACUUAAUAAUCCGAAAUCCGAUUUUGGAACAACUCAAUCCGAAUCUAAUGCAGCGGUGUAAAUAGACUCAUUGUCCGUUUAAUUGAUCUAUCAGUGUAAAGUGUAUUGCAGUUUUCUUCGAACCACCCUGUAAAUUGGGAACUCAAUCGUGGAAAAAAUCGCAUUUUCAAUUUAUUCAAUAAAAUCAGCAUUAAAUGAAAUUUAUUUUAAUUCACAAUGUCAUCCCCUAAAAUACUGCAUAAUAAAUCAUUUAUCAGAAUAGAGUUCUGAAAAAUGCAAAACGAGUUAUAGUUAUAAAUAGCUUUUUUUUUAUUAAAUGAGCAGAAACAAGAGGAAUAGUGACAAUUUUAGAAAUAGACGAUGAAACUAUACUAGAAUAUUUAAAUUUUAGCGCCUAAUUUGUAUAUUAUUUAUAAAAAUAAAUCAUAAAGUUAUAUACGUUGAAUCCAGUAAGUUUAGUUUUUUUAAUCGCUCUAUUUUAUUAACUAAUUUUACAUAAUAACACAUCCAGGUGGACCAGAUGGAAUCUUGAAAUAUUGUAACUUGAAAAAGUUUCGUAGAACCUCUUCGUUUUCAACGAUCCAGACUUCCAUUUAAAAUAGACCUAACUAUUAAUUGUUAUUUUAUUGCAUAGAUGAAGAGGAAACAAUUGAAAUAUUUCAUAGUUGUGCAUGUUUGUUUAAAAGAAAAAAGAGUAAAAGAAAAAAUGAUGAGAAAAAUGAUAAGAGACUUUAGUUUUGUAAUUAACCAUUAAUGUACAGAUGAGAUAAAACGAAUAUUAAAAUUCUUUAUUACUCAAAUAAAGAUAAAUGUGCUUUUUUAUACAUGAAGAAUUAGUUAAAAUGAAAUCAUAACUGCAGAUUUUAGUGAGUAAAGUAAGUCGUUAAAAUAAUGAAAAAAAGCUCCUCUACUUGAAAAAUUAAAAAAAAACUGUAAAACUUUCUGAAAGAUUUCCUUUCAUUUCCCGGUGAUAAGAAUAAAGAAAAGAACAACUUCUGAAGACAUUGUAAAUACUAAAAAAAAAAAAGGAAGCAACAAUUUACUGUGAAUCAGACGACAUAAUGCUAUAUAUACCCUUAAUAAGUAAUAAAAUAAUCUAUAUUAUAAAAAAGUAAAUGAAAAAAGCAUAAUAGUUAAAAAUAUAAAAAAAGAACAUAAAUGAUUAUAAAACUUGCCAACCUCCAUAAUAUAUUUACGAGAGAAAAAUGUAAAAUAUUAUGUUAAAUAAAUUAUUCGAAUAAACGAAAUAUUGAGAAGAGGAAA